AUGUUGGAAGAGCUGGCAUGGGUCUUUCUAGCAGUAAUCGUUGUUAAAUUGAUCUUGGAUCACUUUACUGCCAACAAAAAUCUUCCACCCGGACCAUUUCCGCUCCCGAUCAUAGGUAAUGCGCACAAAUUGGCCGCUGAUUCACGCCAUAUUGACCUUAUGAAACUUGAAAAACAGUACGGCAAAGUAUUUCGUUUGUAUCUCGGUAAUCAGCUCGUGGUAAUCGUUAGCGGUGGAGAAGCGCUGAAAGAAGUUCUCGUCACAAAAUCGGCCGAUUUCGCUGGACGUCCGAAUCUAUACACCUCACAGGUUUAUUCAAAGGGAAAGGCAAUCGCGCUGGCAGAUUAUUCUCCGGAAUGGCGACUGCAUCGCAAGAUUGCUGUCUCUGCGCUCAAGAUGUACAGCAACAACAGAAUAAACCAAGGAUCCGUAAUCAAUGAAGAGUUUGAUCUGCUGUUAAAAAGGGUCCAUGCCAGAAAUGGUCAACCACAUGACAUCACAAGAGAGAUACGACUGGCUGUGACGAAUGUGGUUUGUGCUGUAGUGUUCGGUUCGAGAUUCGAACUUGACGAGCCGGAGUUCACAAAGUUCUUAGACAUCACCAAUGCUUUGGCGAAGAUGGUCGCGGCUGGGAGCAUUGUGGACGUUUUUCCUUGGCUCGGUUGGAUCCCAUUUAAGUCUCUUCAGAAUCUAAGGGAAAAAUGUAAGGAACGAGAUGAGCUUCUAGGAAAGAAAUUUGUUGAACAUGUGGAGGCGAACAGAGUGUUACAUCCACAAGACCUGACAGAUUCGUUAUUGAAGGCAAGAAAGGAAGCUGAGGACGAAGACUCCGCUGUCAAAGGAUUCCUCUCUGACGAACACCUAAUUAUGACCAUGAGCGACAUCUUUAUUGCUGGAAUGGAGACCACUGCAAGCACCUUGUGUUGGGCACUGAUACACUUGAUUCACAACCCUGAGGUCCAGCAGAUGUUGCAUCAAGAGCUGGAUCACGUCAUUGGCCCGGAUCGUUUGCCAGAACUAGGAGACAAGAAGAAUCUUCCGUACGUAGAGGCGACCAUUACAGAAACUCUGCGCAUCUCCUCUCUUGUACCUUUGUCAGUUCCUCAUAAGGCAACAGUAGACACCUCUCUGCAAGGAUACUGUGUUCCAAAGGGAACCACAGUUUUAACUAAUCUAUGGUCCAUUCACCACGAUCCGGAUAUCUGGGAGGAACCAUACAGCUUCAGGCCUGAAAGAUUUCUUGAUGAAAAUGGCAAUUUCGCUGCACCAUCAUUUGACCGUUUCCUGCCCUUUUCUGCGGGGCGCCGUGCCUGCUUAGGAGAGCCUUUGGCACGGAUUGAGCUUUUUCUGGUCCUUGCGCGUUUGUUGCACAACUUCAGGUUUGAGAAUCCGCCCGGAUUUGAUCUUCCAUCCGUUGAACCCAUCGUAGGAAUCGUUCUGCAACCACAACCGUUUAAAGUCUGUGCUCUGAAAAGAAGAGAUGUCACACAUUCCAAGUCAUGA